AUGGUCUCUGGAAAUUCAAGAUCAAAUAGAGACAACUCGAACACCAAAUGCAUUUAUAGCUUGCAUGGUGACGCUCAUCGGCAUACUUUUAUGGGAGAUAAUGGUCGUGCUUCUUUUUAUUUCGAAGGCGGAAACAAUCUUUUAGUAGGAUUCUCAGAAAUCAAUUUAAAUUUUAUGUCGGU